AUGGCUGGCGGCGCCGGCGGCGGCAGAGGCAGUGCCUUUAAUAAGGAUGAGGAUCACGACGAGCACUUCCGCCGUUGCUGGCACUUGACCAACUGCAAGGACUGUCUCGCAAAGGAGGACGACUGCAGCUGGUGCCCUUUCUCAUGGUCCUGCGUCCCCAACAGCAACCGGCUCGUCCCCUUCCUGGCCCCAGCCUGGGACGAGGACAUAUGCCCGCACUGGGCUGAGCGGUGGGAGCUCCGCACGCGGCCGCUGGGCUGCCAGGUGUCCACCAUCACCACGCUCACGUCGCUAGUCACGAUCGCCUGCACCCUGUUGCUCGUGCUGCUCGGCUUUGUAUUCGUGUUUGGGGUGAGGCGGAUCCGGGGCUUCACGAGAAGGAACCCCCGCUGGUGGAGGGGGAGGCUCGGCGGUGGUGGUGGUGAUGACGGCGAUGCUGGAUUGGGGGCGGGCAGCUUCGGAGGAGGCGGGGAGCAGAGCCUGGAGCAGGGUCAGGCGCGGAUGGAAGGGCUAAUCCAGAGGCUAAGGUGGUACAAGUCCCGCGAUGAGGCUGCGCGGCGAGAGGUCGAGGCGAACGGUGUUGCAACGGGCGUGGCACGGGAAAGAGAGCCGCUGCUCGGGAAUGGUCUCAAUCAGUCAUGA